AUGGGUCGGAAGGACAAGGACAAGCUGCGCGGGACCUCGCAGCGCGACAUCACCAUGCUCGGCGCCACCGAGCGGGCUGCACCAGUCAAGCAAAGCAAUGCGCCCCUGACUGCCGACGAAAUCAAGCAGUUGGAUGUCUUUCUGCAAGAGCGGCGCCUCGCCCAAUCCUACGCCGAGUACCAAGCCAAGAUCAACUGGGAACCGUCAAAAUAUCGCGAUAUGCUUGCCAUGUCCUCGACCUCCAAGCAGAGCCAGAGCACCGCCCAGAGCUUGGCCGACUCAAUCCCCAAUCUGUUGGGUGAAAAUGACUACACCGUUCUUGCCAAAAGAGUCAGCGAUAUUCGCGUUGAACUUGGCGGCUGUGACAUGACCUAUAUGAAGGAGUUUGUCGGUGCCGGUGCCCUGGACAGCCUGGUGCCUCUUCUCGACCGCGUCACGGAAUACGCCGAGUCCACCGGCCGAUUUGUGCAGGCACAACGAGAGAUGAUGUUUGCAAUCUACCACAUUCUCGAUACGGGCCCGGGUCUAGUCAAAGCCCUUGAAAAUCAGCAACUGGUGGACGCCAUUGUGCGCUCUUUGUCCACGCAUGACUACCGCACGCUGGAGCUCAUCUUUCAAUGCUUGGUCGGCUUUGUGCGCUCUGAAUCGCGCGAUGGCACCAGCAACGGUCUCCAUCGUGUCCUCAGCGCUUUUCAUGAUCUGACCGUGACUCGUGGUGGCGGCCAUCGGUUCAAGCCCGUCGUGCGGGUCCUUUUCGGAGCCGUGGAGCACCUCAAUGUCGUGGUAUCUGCGCUGUACUUUUGUAACGAGCUGCUGGUGCAGGCACCCGAUCUCGAGAUGCGCAUGCAUCUCCGCGCUGAGCUUGUGGCUUGUGGCUUUCACGAAGCCAUCGAGCUGGUGUCGGAUCAUUUCGAAAGCCAGCUGGUCGAGCUCCGAAACAUGGUGCCCGAUCUCGAGGGUGCUGAUGACACCCUCAACAUGACCGCCACGAGCUCAGCCGUGCAUGCCAUUGAAACCAAGACGACCAAGCAGUAUCGUCUCUUGGACUACAUUAUCGUACGACUUUGGAACGACGAGUAUGGCGAUGCUGAGGAGCUUGCCCAACGCUUCAACGUUGUCCAAAUGGACUUUGCCACCCUCGAUGACGUUUACGAUAUCCUUGUUGCCACACUUGAGGGAUCGCCGGCAGAGCCAUAUCUGUUGUCCAUCAUGCAGCAUUUGCUGUUGGUCCCUGAUAACCACAACCUCAUGCUAUAUUAUAUGCAGUUGAUUGAAGAAAUUGUGGCGCAGGUGGUCUUAACCCGCGCUGAAGGCAAUCCCGAUUUUCGUGGCCGUUUUGAGCUUGAUACGGAGCCCCUGCUUUCUGCCCUUGAGGACGCACACAACAACCAGAUUCUGCAAGAGCACGUGCAGACACUUCAGGAACAGCUGGCUAGCGAGAAGAAGCGAGCCCAGGCUGCUUUGCAGGCCGAGCAGGAUCAGUUUGCCUCGGCGCAGACCAAGUUUGACAAGACACAGAAAGAACUCGGUCAACAGAUUGAGACGCUGAAAGGCGAGGUAACUCGCCUCAAGGCUGAACUGGCCAAAGCCCCAGCAGCUGGUGCCGUCCCGGCGGCACCAGGCAGUGCACCAGCACCACCCUCUGGUGCUCCUGCGCCACCUCCACCCCCGCCUCCUCCAGGCGGUGCUGCGGCUCCUCCCCCGCCUCCGCCCCCACCGGGUCCAGGUGGCGCACCUCCCCCUCCCCCUCCCCCACCAGGCAUUCCGGGUGCACCACCGCCACCACCGGGCAUCCCCGGUGCCCCGCCACCACCUCCUGGUGCGCCAGGCGCUCCGCCCCCACCUCCAGGCAUGGCCAUGCCAGGCAUGGCCAUGGCUCGGCCCCAAAAAUACAAACCCAAGACAAAGACGCGACGAGCCAACUGGAGCAAGAUCUCGCCAUUUCAAGCCAAGGACACCUUCUGGGCCAGCGAUCGUGACGACGUGGAUAAACAGCUGCCCUUUGAUCGUUUGGAAGAACUUUUUGCCGUCAACAAUCGCCGCGGUGCCGGCAAACCCGAGAAGACGGUGACGGCUGAGCCGAAAGUUCAGAUCAUGUCGUGUCUGGACGCCAAAAAGGCGCAGAGCGUAUCCAUUACCAUGGCGUCGGCCCGGUUGAACGCCGAUCAGUUGCGUGACGCCCUCUUGGUGCUGGACACAGACAUUCUCUCUGAAACGACGGCCAGCACCCUCAAUGCAGCUAUGCCCGACAACAAUGAGCUUGAGGCUUUGAAGGCAGCGGCAGACAAUGAUUCGAGCAAGAUUCACCCUGCCGAUCAAUACUGGAUCCGAGUCAUGGAUCUGCCACAACUACAGAGCCGUUUCCGGCUUGUUAUGUUGCUUCAUAGCUUCAAGGACCAGGUGGAGGAGAUUCGCGAGCCCGCCCAACGCCUGUUGCGAGGCUCCAAGUUGCUGCGACACAACCAAAGCUUCCAGCAUCUGCUGGACGUGGUGCUGGCCUUUGGCAAUUACAUGAAUGCCAGCAACAACGCUCCCUGGGCGGAUGGCUUUCAGUUGACCUUUUUGACCAAGCUCAGCGAUUGCAAAUCCAGCGACAACAAGCUUACGCUACUGGAUUUCUUGGCCGAACUUGUCGAGGACGAGAAAGUCCCACAACUGGCAACGCUGAGCGACCAGCUGCGGUCGGCCAUGGUAGACUCGCGAGUGGCCCCAACGGUCCUCCAGCAGGAAUGCCGCAAGCUGUCGCAGAGCUUGUCAGAAAUUGACACGGCCAUUACCAAAUAUAAGAAGAGCAAGGAACAACCGGAGAACGAUAGAUUUGCCACCACGGCCACGCAGUUCUUGGAUGAGCAGGCUCCUUUGAUCAAGGAGGUGGAACAACUUUUGUUGGAUGCCACCAACGCUUUUGCCGAUGUGGCCGAGUACUUCCCCUCUGGCAUCUCGCCCGCCGAACCAGAUCCGUAUUUUGAAAUCAUCGAGCGCUUUCUUGACCAAUUUGAGGAAGCGCGCAAGCAAGUGGUGAAGCGACGCAAGGCGGCUGAGAAAGCCAAGGAGCAAGAGGCUCAGGCGCGCGAGAAGGAGCGUCAGCGCAAGGAACAGGAGAUGGCGGCCAAGAAGAAGAAUGAUAUGCGACGCAAGACCAUUCUCGAGGGCAACGAAGGCCGUGGUUUGCUCAACUUGGACGACAAUUUUACCACUUCCAACAUGACGCGUAUUCGCCGCAAAAAGCGCGAGGCUGUCAAGUCCACAUCCAGCGAAACGUCUGGCGGUGGAUCGGUGCGCCGGCGCCAUCGAGCGCGCGAUCGACCUGUCGCUGGCGCGUUUGAGGAUAACAUGCUGUUGCUGUCGCCCGAACAACGCGCAUCCAGUGCCAGCAAGACUCCACCCACGCCUGUGGCAGCCGUGACCCCCGCAUCUCCAAGCAUGGGCACACCCAAGUCACCGCCCGCCAUGCAGCAAGUCAUUGCUGAGUUUUCACGGUCGCCCAGAUCGCUCCGAUCGUCGACGAAUGAGGCCCCCCGAUCGCCUUCGCUCACCGACUGCUAA